AUGGCUUACUUAAGGCAUGAGACCGAGGAACUUAAUAAUUUUUGGUGCUCUCUCAACGUUUUUGAUUUCUCUCUCUUUCUCUGUCUCUCUCUUUCUCUCCCUCUUUCUCUCUCCUUCUCUUGCCUCCUCUCUCACUUUCUUUCUAUCUCUCUCUUGCUUUCUUUCUCUCUUUCUUUCUUUCUUUCUUUCUUCUUUUACUCUCUCUUUUUCUUUCCCUCUUUCUUUCUUUUCUGUCUCUUUCUUUUUUCUUUCUUUCUAAUUUUCUUUCUCUCUUUCGUUCUCUUUCUUCGUCCCCACUCUCUCUCUCUCUCCAUGUUGUCGGUUGUAGUAUUCCCCCCCCCUCUCUCUCUCUCUCUCUCUCGUUCUUUCUAUCUCUCCCUCUUUCUUUCUCUUUCUCUCUCUCUAUUUCUUUCUUUCUCUCCGUCUCUUUUUUGUCUUUCUUUUUCUCUCUCUCUCUCAUUCUUUCUCUCUCUUUCUUUCUUUCUUUCUUUCUUUCUUUCAUUCUCACUUUCUAUAUUUCUUUCUCUUUUUUCUUUCUUUCUCUCUCUCUCUAUUUCUUAUUCUCUUUCUAUAAUUAUUUUUCAUUGUCUUAAUUUCUAUCUAUCUAUCUAUCUAUCUAUCUAUCUAUCUAUCUACCGGCUUCUUCACUUGGUGCACGCUCCAGAAGCCUUCAUUUUCCGAGAGAGAGUUUUCCACAGUGAUUUGCUGUUUUUCAUAGCAGAGAAAGUAGCCGAAAAACUUGGAGGCAAAUCCUACGAAGAACUUUUGUCCGAACAUAUCCUGAAACCUUUAGGAAUGACUUCGACCACGUUCCUGCACGAACUUCAUCCAAGUAAAGAAAACCUUGCUACACCAAGUUUGAAAAUAAACAAAAGACAAUACCCAGUUUCCAUACAGUCAAUGAGGGGUUAUAAACUGACAAGGGCAGCAAAUGGACUCUGCUCAACAGCCAAUGACAUGAGCAAGUGGCUCCUUAUGAAUCUCAAGAACGGAGUUAGCACAAGCAGAAGAAAACAGAUCAUCUCGCAAGAAUCCCUAAAGAGAUUAUUCACGUUGGAUAUGGACCGCUUCACCGAGUCCUAUGAUCUUAUUCGAGAACGAUUCCUGCAGCCGGCAGUCACCGUCUCUUUCGCUCGAGAAGGAUAUGGCAUGGGAUGGGAGAUUGGAUCGUAUCGAGGCUAUAAGCUGCUGACACACGGAGGCUCCCUCCCUGGCUACGAGGCUAUAAUCUCCAUGUUACCUGACCAGCAUGUGGGCGCUUUUCUCGCGAUGACCGGUACUGGUGGAAACGAGGCAAUGGUGAUUAAAACCUUGAUCAGUGCUUUUGUUCUGGAUUUAGCUUUGAACAACACAAGUUGGAUCAAUUACACUAAUGUUUGUCAAGUUAUGGACAACUUAAUGGCUGACAUGGAACGCAACGCCUAUCUUCGUCGACCACACUUCACACCACACAUUUGGCAAAAGGGUCAUUCAAGCGACGAAAAGCACGCCAAAGACGAAAACAAACCUAAUCUUAAGCUGUACGCGGGGAAAUACCAGAAUCAUAUGUUUAGCAACAUAACAAUCAAUUACAACGCUACUACUGAUCAAUUAUCAAUGGUAAGAAUUAUUUUCCACCCUCAACAACUCUCUCUCUCUCUCUCUCUCUCUCUCUCUCUCUCUCUCUCUCUCUCUCUCUCAUAG